UGGCAACUGUGGAACCAUCUUUAAACAGUGCCGGUUGACCGUUGCGGGCGUAGUGUGCGAGUUAGUGUUUCCCUGUUUGGGGGCCGGGGAUUUAAUUUCGGCGGAUUUGACGUUUUUUGACUAAAUCGUCCUUGGAAUCAUUUGCAUUUGAGAUGUUUGGCCGUCCGAUCAAGAAGGCUUCUCCCCGGAAGCGAAAGUCGCUAACCCUGAAGACCGGGCCUAGCUCGAAGAGGUUGUCCAAUGUUGGGAUAUUGGCGACUCCCAGCUCGAAGACUGUGGCUCCCGGCAGCAGCAACAUCAAGGUUCUCCUGCGCGUGAGGCCGUCGAACAAAAAGGAACUGGAUGACAAUAGAUGGAGAGAUGUCGUCGAGGUUGUAGACAAAGAUCUGGUGAUUUUCGAUCCUAAGGAGGAGGAGGACUUUUUCUUCCACCACGGCAAGAAACAGACCUUUCGAGACAUCAACAAGAAGCAGCCCAAAAACCUGCAGUUCAACUUCGACCGAGUGUUUGGCCCAGAGGAGGCCACCUCCGAUGUUUACCAACAGUCCAUCCAGGGCCUCAUCGGCAACCUGAUGAACGGCUACAACUGCUCAGUGUUCGCUUACGGUGCGACCGGAGCUGGAAAAACCUUCACCAUGCUGGGCAGCCCUGAUCACCCUGGAGUGACGCCUCUUCUUAUGAAAGAGCUCUACGACACUCUGCAGCUGGAAAACACGGACGUUGACGUCGCCUGCUCCUACCUGGAGAUCUACAAUGAACAUGUGCAUGAUCUUCUGGUGGAGUCGAGUCAGCCUAAGCCAUUGCAGCUGCGCGAGGAUGGCGCCAGUGUGAUGGUGAGCGACCUGAGCUGGCACCGGCCGGCCUCGGCAGAAGACCUCAUGUCCAUCUUGCAGGCUGGCAACUUGAGAAGGACACAGCACCCAACAGAUGCCAACAAGGAGUCCUCUAGGUCGCACGCAGUGUUCCAAGUUUUGGUGAAAAUGAAGAAGAGGUGUGAGGGUGCUGCCAGGAGCGGACAAGUUCGGUGCGCCAAGCUGUCCAUGAUUGACCUGGCAGGGUCAGAGAGGGCGGCGGCCACAACUAACAACAAGAGUCGCUUCACGGAGGGCGCCAACAUCAACAAAUCUCUGCUUGCACUUGGCAACUGCAUCAACGCCUUGGCUGAUGGACUGAAGCACGUGCCAUUCCGCAACUCAAAGUUGACGCGCCUGCUGAAGGGCUCGCUGGGUGGCAACUGCCAGACCGUGAUGAUCGCCAACGUGUCCCCAAGCAACGCCGUCUAUGAGGACACGUACAACACGCUCAAAUACGCGACCAGGGCAAAGAAGAUCAAGAACAGAGUGAAGAAAAACCUCAUCUCAGUGGACAUAAGUGCCGCCGAGACCGCCAAGGAGCUCGAUUCGGCUCGCACUGAGAUCGCAGACCUGCAGGCCAAGGUGGCUGCCCUGCAGAAGGAGAAUCUGGCCCUGAAGCGGGCGGCUGAGGAGCACGUCUGCGUGUCCGUGGCAGCAGCGGAACCGCCACUGCCGCUCCCGGAGCCUGCACCAGUGCAAGAGACGCCUCUGCCAACGCCUGAGGCCAGUCCUAAGGCGCUCACUCCUCAGGUGCAAGAAAAGCGAAAUAAUCUGGAGAUCUUGGAGACUCUCAAGGCUCUGAGGGAGCUGUGCAAAAGAUACGAAGCAGCAGCCGGCGCCAAGUAUUUCCUGGUUGCCGAGCUGGAGAAGCUGAAUUACAACUACGAGGUCAAGAAGCUCAAGCUGCAGAGGAUUAACGAGCUGUGCAAGGAUGCCACGCAAAUCAAGGUCACGUCUCUGGAGAUUAAGACGCAGGCUCAGCGGCAGAACCUGGAGGAAAAGCUGUUCCACGCCAGUACCGAGGAGGAAGAGAGCCUCGCGGCUGUCAAGUCUGCUAUCGAGUCUCUCCAGCAGUUUGACUCCACCAUUUUCAGCUUUGCAAACAUCAUGCUUGGCCCCUAUUGCGAAAGCAAGGUUAAGGAGCUGCAGUUCGGUCCAUGCCAGAAGCUGUCAAACCAGAAGAACGUGGAAAUCGAGACCGUGCAGAACGCCUUCCUGCGUUGCUCGGCGGUGCUGCAGAAGUGCUACUUCGCGCUGAAAGGGCUGUGCUGCGUGAGCCCGGAGGUGCAGGCGCAAUACGAGGAUCUGCUUUCGUUCGUGCGCCAGAGCGGCAACGUCACCUUCAAGGCGGCCGAGGAGGACGUGCCGGACGGCAAAAGGUCCAACGAAGAGUUUGACCACCUGAUGGACGAGUUCGAGCAGGAGCUGAUGGCCAGGCCGCUCGACCAGACCUUCGAAGCAGCUGCGCCGCCGUCUUCAGAGAGCAUGGAUGCUACGUUCUGCAUUGAAACCAAGAAGGCACCAAAGAGGCAGCCGAUGGAGGCGCCCUUCAGGGUCAAACCCUACUCAGGUGGAUUGAAGAGGAAGCCAGGGACGCCGAUGCGAAGUGCAUUCAGGAACAAAAUUCGGAUCACAUCGACCAUCAGCUCCGCAGCGAAGAUCGCCAAGCCAGUCUCAGCGGUGCGGAAAGUAGCGACAAACAAAGAAAACGACCCUGCUUAGCUAUGAACUUUUCGCCUAGCUCUUCUGUAAAUAUCUUCCUCGCCGACACGACAAGAGAAAUAUUUAUUUCUUCUUCUAUCCUGUCAGAUUAAAUCAACUAAUGUAAAUAACACGAUCUCGCACUGUAAAUAACACAUCUGAAUUAUAGUUUUCUGUUGUGGGACGGAUUUAUUGAUGCCUUGCUUCAUUGAUAAUAAAUAGUUUCGCUAAUAAAUAACAUUAUCGCUUUUGCAGAAAA